AUGCUUCUACGAACUUUUUCAACGUCUUGUAAAGCCUUCGCAAAAAAAGAGGUCGCGAAAAAGACAAAGCAUUUGGGCCGUGCAAGUAAUAACUUGUCUCUGGGUGUUGUUGGUCUAGCAAAUGUAGGCAAAAGCACGUUCUUUCAAGCUAUCACGAAAUCCACGUUAGGAAACCCCGCUAACUACCCUUUCGCUACCAUCGAAGCAGAGAAGUCUUUCGUUGUGGUUGAAAGUGAAAAGCUCAAUCACUACCAGAAACUAUUCCAGUCUAUAAAAAAGGUUCCUACCUCACUUACAGUGUAUGAUAUUGCCGGUUUGACCAGAAACGCUUCCACGGGACAAGGCCUCGGAAAUAAAUUCUUGAGUGAUAUUCGUAUGGUUGAUGGUGUUUUCCAUGUCGUGAGAGGCUUCAGAAACGACGAUAUCACCCAUAUCGAGCACUCAGUUGAUCCGGUCAGAGACAUCACCAUUGUGACUGAUGAACUCAUUCUCAAGGACUUGGACUACAUUGAGACUGCAAAGGAAUCUGCUCGCAAGACUUUGAAAAAACCUUUUGCUGACAAGGCAGCUGUCGAAUUCGAAUUGGAACUUCUUGAGAGACUCUCUGAUACACUCUAUUGUGGGACAAAGGCCUCAUCAGUAGAAUGGCUGGAUACUGAAAUCGAUGUGAUUAACCAACUCAAUUUACUUACAGCCAAGCCUACAGUCUAUCUUUUGAACGUCACUGUUCCAGAUUACGUGAGUGGCACAAACGAGUUUUUAGAUAAGGUCAAGGAAUGGAUCGAAGAGAAUUGUCCACAGGACAAAUUGAUGUUGUUCUCUGCGGAAUAUGAGACUCGUCUCAAUGAGUUGGAGUCGGCCGAUUUGCAGGCUUACAAGGCUGAAAAUGGAAAUAUGCCUAGUGCAUUUCCUGGUAUUGUUGAUUCUAUUAGAGAUGCUCUUCGCCUUAUUUCGUUCUAUACCUGCGGGCCCAAAGAAGCUCACCAGUGGACCGUUCAGGAUGGAUCCACUGCUCCAGAAGCAGCAGGUGCAAUUCAUACCGAUUUUAAGAAGAGCUUUAUAUCAGCUCAGGUCUACAAAUGGGAGGAUCUCAAGGAAGAGGCUGCUCCUCUCGAUGAGGCCUCUUUAAAGAGUCGCGGUAAACAGUUGAGAGUCGGAAAGACCUAUUUUGUUGAGGAUGGUGAUGUGAUGGUUGUCAAAACGGGCCGCUAA